AAUAUCUUUCAUCUCAAUUAUGAAAGGCAUAUCAAGCAGCCGUAGCCAUCAUCAUGGGGUUGUUUGUGAUUCAGUAUGUGAAACCUUGCCUCAUCACACAGACAGAAAGCCAUAUUUGAUGAAUCCAGUAGAUCCUCAUCCUGCGGAUCAUCCCUACUAUGCUCAAAGGAACUCCUAUCCAGUAGAAUGCAUGAUGCCCUAUGGGGAUCAGAUUGCUAGUAGUACUUUUCCAAGGAGACAUUACAGUUCUCACCAUGAGCUUAAGGAUGAGUGUGCGCUAGUUCCCCAUGGAACAGUGGGUAAAGGUAACCGCCUUCCUACCAACCUCUUGGACCAAUUUGAAAGACAAAUACCUGUCAAUCGAGAUGGCUACCAUACUUUGCAAUAUAAAAGGAGUGCCGUGGAACAUCGGGGUGACAGUCCUGGUAGAAUACGUCACUUAGUUCACUCUGUUCAGAAACUCUUUACAAAAUCCCAUUCUCUUGAAGGACCAAUGAAGGGAAAUACCAAUGGAAGCAAAGCCAGCCCCGAUGAAAUGCAAACCGUAAGAUAUGGCAAACGGAGUAAAAGCAAAGAAAGAAGAGCUGAGAUGAAGCCAAGAACAAACAUUUCCGGGUGGUGGGGAUCACAGGAUAAUCUAGACAAUGAUGUUUGCAUGUACCAUACACCCUCUACAGUCAUGACUAUGGGUAGAUGCCCGGAUCGUUCUGCAUCUCAGUAUUUUAUGGAGGCUUACAAUACAAUUAGUGAACAUGCGUUAAAGUCAUCGAGAAGCAAUAAUGAUGUGAAAUGCAACACUUGUACAACAAAUUUACCUGUGAGUUUACCUGUAAGUUUGGACAGUCAGAUGUUGAAGAAAAGCUCUUGGGCAUCUACGCUCACAGUAAGCCGGGCCCGAGAGGUAUAUCAGAAACCUACAAUAAACAUGGAGCAGGCAAUGGUAAAGUCUGAGUUAUGCCAACCGGAGAGGACAUAUCAGUAUCUACAGGUUCCCCAGGAUGAAUGGAGUGGAUAUGCCCCCACAAGUAAAGAUGAGGAGAUUCCGUGUCGACGAAUGCGCAGUGGCAGCUACAUUAAAGCCAUGGGAGAUGAUGACAGCGGAGACUCCGACACAAACAGCCCAAAGCCAUCUCCAAAGAUUGCAGCACGGAGAGAGAGCUAUCUUAAGGCGACCCAGCCAUCACUCACAGAACUCACCACUCUCAAAAUUUCAAAUGAACAUUCUCCAAAGCUCCAGAUCCGUAGCCACAGUUACUUGAGAGCAGUGAGUGAAGUUUCUAUCAACAGGAGCAUGGACACCCUAGACCCAUCAACCCUUCUCACAUCUCCUAAAUUUCGCUCUAGAAAUGAGAGCUACAUGAGAGCCAUGAGCACAAUCAGCCAGGUUAGUGAAAUGGAAGUCAAUGGUCAGUUUGAAUCAGUCUGUGAAUCUGUAUUUAGUGAACUAGAAUCUCAGGCAGUAGAGGCUCUGGAUCUUCCAAUGCCUGGUUGUUUUCGAAUGAGAAGCCACAGCUAUGUUAGAGCAAUCGAAAAAGGAUGUUCUCAAGACGAUGACAGUGUAAUACUCCGACCAUCAUCACCUCCUCGCACAACUACUACAGUAAGGACAAUCCAGAACAGCACUGUAUCUUCAUGUAUCACCACAUAUAAAAAGACACCUCCUCCGGUACCACCCAGGAAAACAACAAAACCUUUCAUCUCCAUCACAGCUCAGAGUAGUACCGAAUCUGCCCAAGAUGCCUACAUGGAUGGACAUGGACAAAGGGGGGAUAUGAUUAGUCAGUCAGGGCUCAGUAAUUCCACUGAGAGCCUGGACAGUAUGAAAGCACUUACUGCUGCUAUUGAAGCUGCCAAUGCUCAGAUCCAUGGCCCAGCCAGCCAACACAUGGACAACGCCAUGACAGUAAACUCUACAUCAACCGUUUCCACCAUCACUGCAGAAGACAGGAAAAAGCAUCAAUUCAGGAAAAACCUAUCCAUUGGUAUACAGGUUGAUCGGCCAGAAGAAGUCGCUAAUGCAGAGCAGAGAGAAGCAGCCUACCGAUACCAAUCGGUGGGAAUUCAAGUCGAAGAAGAAAGAGCGUUGCGCAGACUGACCCGAUCGAACAGUGUUACUGCUGCUGUGCAAGCAGAUCUGGACCUCAGGGAGCAUUUUGAAUGUCCAGUGGAACUGGCUGAACAGGAAUUUCAAUAUAGUCGGCCACUGAUCAAGCAGUAUUCCCGAGAUGCUUGUACCUCCACAGUCAGCAUCCAGGGCUCAGGCAAUCAUUACCACGCCUGUGCGGUGGAGGAGGACUUUGAUGCUGAUUUUGAUCCUUCCAUACUACCUCCCCCAGACCCCUGGAUUGAUUCCAUAACAGAAGACCCAUUGGAAGCAGUUCAUAGGUCGGUUUGUCACAGAGAUGGACAUUGGUUUCUAAAGCUUCUGCAGGCAGAAAAAGACAGGAUGGAGGGAUGGUGCCAACAAAUGGAAAGCGAAGAGCAUGAAAAUCAUCUGCCUGAUCCUAUCUUAGAGAAGAUUCGCAGUGCGGUCGGCUGUGCCCAGCUCCUGAUGUCACAGAAAUUCUACCAGUUCAGAGAGCUGUGUGAGGAAAACCUGAAUCCCAAUGCUCACCCCAGGCCAACAUCUCAGGAUUUAGCAGGGUUCUGGGACAUGUUGCAACUGUCCAUAGAAAAUAUUAGUAUGAAAUUCGAUGAACUUCAUCAGCUAAAAGCCAACAACUGGAAACAGAUGGAUUCCAUUGAUAAAAAGGAGAGAAGGGCCCCUCCUCCCGUGCCAAAGAAGCCAUCGAAAGGUCAGGCCCCACUGGUCCGGGACAGAUCUCUGGAAAGUACAGAGAGACAGCGGCACGAGGCGCGGAAGCGGCUGAUGUCUGCAAAGCGUGCUGCAUCUGUGCGGCAGAAUUCAGCUACCGAAAGUGCGGACAGUAUUGAGAUCUACAUCCCAGAGGCUCAAACCAGGCUAUGA